UUGACUCGACAAGGAGGCGGCUGCUCAUCGAACAAAGGUCGGCUCUCCCCGCCGAAACGUAAUAAGGACUCCACCGCUGCUCGUGGAUACCGUCGUUGGAAGUUCGGGUUUUUGCCGUCGGAAAAACCCAGCCCUGCCGUGGCUGCUUGCAACUCGGCCGUGAGUGGCCAGCGAUCGUCCGUUGCGCCUAGUUGCCCGCCGGCGCGGGUCUGGUCACAAGAAGUAUACUCUCAGUCCGAGGUCGCCGUCCCUUGGCCCGCGCUCGCCGGAAAUCUGGUAAAGUCGCCGCUGCUUGCUUAUGUCGUCUCACCUGCUCUCAGUCGCCGGAAACAGGGCUUUGGUCAUCGGAGGUCUCGCGUCUGGUGGUGCUCGUCAGCCUCGUCUUGGCGGCUCGCCUUAUCGCCGGAAGUUGAAACUUUGGUCGCUCAACAGAGAGGUAGAGCCACCCUCGUCUACGAACGAAAUUUCCGUCGCCGGUUGCUGCUCGGCCGAUAG